AUGUCCUCUUUGUUACAAAACUACGAGUCCGAAUGCCAAGUGGCUAUCAACCAGGCGAAAGUGUUGCUAUCCAAUGCUAGCAGUGAUGCUGGAGUGUUGCAGAGCGGUGGAUCGUCUGAAAUUCUAGCCCAGAUCGAGCAAUAUUAUGAGGAAUCUUUGGAUUUGAUAGACCAGAUGGAAAUAGAACUAAAUAACACUGGAAGUUCGCUGGACUCUAAAGCAAGGGCGUCUUAUAAGGCAAAGAUACGGGAUUACAGGAAGCAAUGCCAAAACGACAUCAAGACGCCGUUAAAGAAGUUGAUUGCGGAUAACGAUAGAGCUCAGUUGCUCCAAGGCCAUACGUUUGAGAAUGACGAACAAAGACAGCAGCUUUUGUCCAACCAUGCAAUCUUGCAACGUUCUGGUGAUAAAUUAACGGAUGCAACUAGGCUGGCUUCUGAAACGGAAAAUGUGGGUGCGCAGAUUAUGAUGGAUCUCAGGUCUCAAAGGGAAACGUUAGAAAAUGCGAGACAAACGCUGUUUCACGCUGAUUCGUAUGUUGACAAGAGUAUCAGCACGUUGAAGACUAUGAGUCGAAGGUUAAUAGCGAAUAAGUUCAUCUCAUAUGCGAUUAUAGCCGUGCUAAUCCUUCUCAUAUUAUUGGUGAUUUUCUCGAAGUUCAAGUAG